AUGCCGAAGUGGCUGCUUAAGGCGGAAAAUAAGGUACCCAGAAGCUCAAUCACAAAGCACUUAUUGGACACGGGCCAUACGGUGGACCAAAUGGUUGCAUUCAAGGUCCUGUUUCGGGCGACGACCGGGCGUCUCUUGCGCUUUGUCAACAAAUGUAUCCGUCAGGCACGGAUGGAGUAUGAAUCCAAAAUUAUCCGACAGGCUGAACAGAAACCUAAGAUUUUAUUUCACUAUCUUAACAGUCGACUGAAAAAUAAGGACCCGGUCGCGGUGCUGAAGGAUGGUAAUGGUGUGGAGAUCACUGAGAACACCGAGAAAGCCGAAAACUUAGAUCAGUAUUUUGCCUCGGUUUUUACUAGGGAAACAGAGUUUCGCAGUCGCAGUGCUAGCAAUGCUGUUGAGACUGCUGGUCGCGUGCUUGACUCCAUACUCUUCCCGACAGCUGUCGUGGAAAGGGAGCUGAAAAAUCUCAAGGAAGCAAAGUCCUCGGGUCCGGACAAUAUACCAGCCAAAUUCUUGAAGGAACUGGCGAAUGAACUCUCCAAACAACUGGCGCAAUCUUCCGCUCGUCAUUCGAAUUAG